CCCCGCCAAACAAAACAAUACCACCAACAACCACAAUGUCCACGGCCUCACCAACAACACCAGCCUUCCCAACCCACCGCCCCUCAAUCCCCUACCUCUCCAAAGCAACCUCCCUCCAAACCCUCGACCUAUGGCUUCCCCAAUCCCAUGAUCCCUCCUCCACCUCGCCGUGGGUAAUCUACAUCCACGGCGGCGCCUGGCGCGACCCGCUCCAAACCUCCACGACCAUCCACGCCACGCUCUCCCACCUCCACAACCCCCCCUCGUCACCCAUCGCUGGAAUCGCAUCCAUAAACUACCGCCUCUCCCCCUACGCCUCCCACCCGACCGCUCCCUCAGACCCACACGACGCAGCGCGCAACGUACGGCAUCCAUCCCACGUGCGGGACGUCGCGGCCGCGCUGCGGUACCUGCGUGCCGAGCACGGCGUGGAGAGGUGGAUUGGCGUCGGGCAUUCGUGCGGCGCGACGUUGCUGUUGCAGUAUGUUGCAGGGAUUGGACUCGACGAUGUGCGGGGGAGGAACGACGGGCUGGAGGCGUUGGUGCUGUUGGAGGGGAUCUACGACGUACCGUUGAUGUUGCGGAAUCAUGUGCCGCCUGGGUGUCCGGAGGGGAUCGCGAGGAUUUAUAGGGAGUUUGUGGAGGGGGCGUUUGGGGAGGGCGGGGAUGAGGUGUAUAGGAAGGUUUCGCCGGUUGCGGGUGCGUAUGGGAGGGAGAGUGUGGGUCGGGGGCUGAAGCUUGUUGCAUUGGGUUAUAGUGCUGAGGAUGAGUUGGUGGAGAGCGAGCAGAGGGAGGCUAUGUUGCGGGUUCUGAAAGGCGAUGGAUGGGUCGAUUCGGUGGAUGAGAUCGCGGAGGGGAAAGGAUUGGUCGAGUGUAGAGACCUACAAGGCGCGCAUGAUUGGAUAUGGGAAGAUGGAAGACAGAUCGCUGCAGUGAUCGAAGAGGUCGUUGGGCGAAUACAUCAAUGGCCCAAGAACGCGUCAACUAUGCACGAAUAG